UGGACAGCUCCCGCUCACCCAAACAGAAGACGUCGGCGCCAGAGUGGGCUCGGACAUGGCGAGGCAACGCGCCCGCACAACCGGCGGGGCCCGGUGAUCCCUCCCUCCUUCCCCAUCCCCUCCCCUCUCCCGCACGCACGCCCUGUCCGCCCCCACCCCACCCCCACCCCGGGCGCGCCCGCCCGCAGCCCGGGGCACACACCCGCACGCACGCUACCCCAGCACACACUCCCGCACUCCCACGCCCGCCCCCGAGCCCGUGGCUGAACCACGCCACGCGUGCCUAGCCAGCCCGCCGGCAGCCCCCGCCGCUCCCACCGCCCCCGGGCCCCGAUGGACUGAAUGAAGGCUGCCUACACCGCCUAUCGAUGCCUCACCAAAGACCUAGAAGGCUGCGCCAUGAACCCGGAGCUGACAAUGGAAAGUCUGGGCACUUUGCACGGGCCGGUCGGCGGCGGCAGCGGCGGGGGCGGCGGCGGGGGCGGCGGGGGCGGGGGCGGGGGCCCGGGCCAUGAGCAGGAGCUACUGGCCAGCCCCAGCCCCCACCACGCGGGCCGCGGCGCUGCUGGCUCUCUGCGCGGCCCGCCGCCGCCGCCAACAGCGCACCAGGAGCUGGGCACCGCAGCAGCGGCGGCAGCGGCGGCGUCGCGCUCCGCAAUGGUCACCAGUAUGGCCUCGAUCCUGGACGGCAGCGACUACCGGCCAGAGCUCUCUAUCCCGCUGCACCACGCCAUGAGUAUGUCCUGCGACUCGUCCCCGCCAGGCAUGGGCAUGAGCAACACCUACACUACACUGACGCCGCUCCAGCCGCUGCCACCCAUCUCCACGGUCUCAGACAAGUUCCACCACCCGCACCCUCAUCACCACCCUCACCACCACCAUCACCACCACCAUCACCAUCAGCGUCUGUCGGGCAACGUCAGUGGCAGCUUCACUCUCAUGCGCGACGAACGCGGGCUUCCGUCCAUGAACAACCUUUAUAGCCCUUACAAGGAGAUGCCUAGUAUGAGCCAGAGCCUGUCUCCGCUGGCUGCUACGCCGCUGGGCAACGGGCUGGGUGGCCUUCACAACGCUCAGCAGAGCCUGCCCAACUAUGGUCCGCCUGGCCACGACAAAAUGCUCACCCCCAAUUUCGACGCGCACCACACUGCCAUGCUGACCCGCGGUGAGCAACACCUGUCCCGAGGCCUGGGUACCCCGCCUGCGGCCAUGAUGUCUCACCUCAAUGGCUUGCACCACCCGGGCCACACUCAAUCCCAUGGGCCAGUGCUGGCUCCUAGCCGGGAGAGGCCCCCUUCGUCCUCCUCGGGUUCGCAGGUGGCCACGUCGGGACAGCUGGAAGAGAUCAACACCAAAGAGGUAGCUCAGCGUAUCACCGCCGAGCUGAAGCGCUACAGCAUCCCACAGGCGAUCUUCGCACAGAGGGUUCUAUGCCGGUCUCAGGGGACUCUCUCCGACCUGCUCCGGAAUCCCAAACCCUGGAGUAAACUCAAAUCUGGCAGGGAGACCUUCCGCAGGAUGUGGAAGUGGCUGCAGGAGCCGGAGUUCCAGCGCAUGUCUGCCUUACGCCUGGCAGCAUGCAAACGCAAAGAGCAAGAGCCAAACAAAGACAGGAACAACUCACAGAAGAAAUCUCGCCUGGUGUUCACCGACCUCCAACGCCGGACGCUCUUUGCCAUCUUCAAGGAGAACAAGCGCCCCUCAAAGGAGAUGCAGAUCACCAUUUCCCAGCAGCUUGGGCUGGAGCUGACCACUGUCAGUAACUUCUUCAUGAACGCCCGGCGCCGCAGCCUGGAGAAAUGGCAAGACGACCUAGGCACGGGGGGCUCCUCCUCAUCCACCUCCAGCACUUGUACCAAAGCAUGAUUCAAGGAUUCUCACCUGGGCACAAGUCACCUCCAAAUGAGGAUAACAGAUACCAAAAAAAGCAAAACAAAA